AUGGAGGAGAUCAGGGAGAGAUCAACAGCUUCAAGACCACCAAUGCCCACCUCGUUCUUCGACCUGCCACGCGAACUCCGGGACAUAAUCUACUGGGAAGUCCUCAUCUCACCAACAGGAUACAUCGAGCCCGUCCCGAUCCCCAUCGUCCAUCACAAGAAGCCGCCGGCCAACCAGAUCCGCCGCCAACGGUUCAAGCUGCGCAUCUUCCCCUCGAGCGCGUCCUCCUCCUCCUCCUCCUCCUCCUCUCCGUCCAGCUCAGAGAAGAAUGGCGUCGUCUCCCUCUCCCUCGCGCGAGUCUGCCGCCAGAUCAAUUUGGAAACGCGCGCCCUCUUCUGGAAGCAUAACACGUUCCACUUCGACACGCCCUACAGCUUAAUCAAGACGCUCAAAGAGAUGGGACAGAUCCCCAGCCGGCUCAUCACAUCCAUCUCGCUAUCUCUCUCCAUCUCGCUGUGCAAACUGCUGCCGAAAGCGCUCCGGCUGCUAGCGUCGCGGACGCGCCAUGGUGCGUUUCGUCGUCUGAGCUUGGAUAUCGCGAGGUCGGAUCUGAUAGGUAUCGCGCGGUGCAAGACGAGCGGGGAUGAGAAGCGCAUCGAUGAUUAUGAUGAGCUGCUGGGCAUGCUGAGGGAGGGUAGUGCGGGGUGGAUGGUGUAUAUUCGGCCGUGUGUUACGGAAAACGGAGUCAAGGAGUGA